AUGAAGUCAGAAGCGUCCGUUCGGUGUACCGAGAUCGAGCAUUCUCUUGGCUUCUGGCAAGCAGCCAAACUAUACUAUCCGGCAGCAUUAUGGGUGCUUUAUGUGAACCUUGCGACAGUACUGAAGGGUAUGGAUGGAGGUAUCUCUGGAAGUCUCAUCGGCCUUGACCCGUUCAAGAAGACAUAUGGACACCCCUAUAACGAUACCUAUGUCGUUCCGGCCGCCUGGGUUAGUGCUUUCGGAUAUGCAAACAAUAUUGGUGGAGUCUGCGGUGCUCUCUUCUCUGGUUAUGUCUACGAAAGAUUUGGUCCUCGGAGAAUGAUCGCGGCAUGCUCUCUCGGAUCUGUUUGCAUUAUGUUCGUCCAGUUCUUCAGCACCACACCUGCACAGUUGUUCGUGGGCCAGCUGCUCAAUGGUGCGAUAAUCAGCUUCUUUCCCAUCUGUGCCUCAGCAUAUGCCGGAGAAGUGUGUCCUUUGGCUUUACGGGGCGUGAUGGCUUCUCUGACCAAUCUUGCUUUCAUCUGUGGUAAGCUCGUCUCUUCAGGGAUCAUGAAAGGUACAAGCUCUAUCGAAAGUUCCAUGGCGUACAGAAUUCCUAUUGCUACUCAAUGGGCUCUUCCAGUAUUCAUGCUAUCAUUGGUAUACUUCUGUCCGGAUCCUCCGUACUGGCUCUGCCGCAAAGGAAGACACGAGGAAGCUGCGCAGUCGCUGAGGCGCUUCGCAACGAACGAUGUCGAUACUUCUCUUACUCUGGUCAACGUUUUGGAAACGCUGCGCCUGGAAGAAUCAUCCAAGCGAGAUCGUCCCAACUAUCUGGAGUGUUUCCGUGGUACAGAUCUUCGUCGCCUGGUCAUUUGUGUAAUGGCAUAUGACAUGCAAGCAUUUACAGGCAAUAUGUUGUUCAUCAGCUACGCCGUCUACUUUUUCGAAAUGGCUGGUUUGGAUUCCUCGAACGCAUUCUCCAUGAAUCUUGGUCUUACUGCCCUUGGGGUCGUCGGCACUUGUGCUGCCUGGCCUCUCCUAUCUUACGUGGGCAGACGUCCCGCAUAUCUAUUUGGCACAGUCGGACUGGCGACGAUCAUGUUCCUCAUCGGGGCCAUCGACUUCGCACCCAGAUCGACCUCAGCGCCAACGUGGGCACAAUGCUCCCUGAUGCUGUUGGCGAACUUAAUCUACGAUACAACCAUUGGUCCAUUCUGCUAUGUCAUGCUCGCCGAAGUACCAUCCGUACGACUUCGUGGCUUGACGAUCGCUCUGGCGACAGUAUCAGUGCAAGUCUUGUCCAUCGUAUUUGCUGUGGCUAUACCCUAUGCUAUGAACGAGGACGAAGGCAAUUGGAGAGGAAAGGUUGGAUUUCUGUUUGCUGGACUUGGCUUUUUGUGUACACUCUAUUGCUACUUGUUCAUGCCAGAGACAAGAGGCCGGACGUUCGAGGAGUUGGACGUUUUGUUUGAACGUGAAGUCCCUAGCAGACACUUCAGUGCGUACAGGGUCGAUGCAGAGACAGACAGUUCGGAGACUGUGCUUACAGAGAAGCCUUCCAUCUAA